AGUAAUUUCCUUUUUCUUACGAAUAUUUUGGGGUCACCUUAAGCAGCUGCUAACAUCCUUUUAAAUUGCUAAGCGAGGAAGAAGAUCAGGUGGAGGCGGCAAAAUGAACAGAGAACUACUUCGUCGACGUCUCGAAUCCUUUAAGUACAGGUCCUCGACGCUCGACGAAGUCGUGGACCGUCUCCGUGCUAGCUACAAAGACUACAGCCGAAUCAAGAAGCAACCUUUCGCUACGUUUGUUCGAAAGACCUUGCAAUCACUAUCUCAGGAAUCCCAAUCGCGCUCACUGCAGCAAAUGAACAAGAGGAAGAAGCGGCAGUUUAAGCCUCCCUCUCCUUCGACCCCAAUCCGAGGCGAAGAAGAGUACGACGUUGAAGAAGAAGUGGAAGCCAGUCGAAGUACUUCUUGGAUGAAGAAACGGAGGAUAGUUGCCGAGGAUCGGUUGCAGCGAAUGGAAGAUUUACAUGUUAGAAGGAUGAGGAGUGGGAACAACCAUCAAACGACGUCGUCUGAUGAUCCGUCGGAGGACGACUCGAGUUCAGAUGAUGAAGAUGGGGCGGUGUCCACGUCGGAGGACGCGGUUUAUGGAGAGAAGAUGGAACCAGCACAGUUUGACGUGACGAAAUCGAAUUUGCUAUCUGCCUAUAUGGAAUUAAGCAGCACGGCAGCGAAGAAGCCGGAAACGACCGGGGUGGAGGAGAAUGUGGAAUUGGAGGUUGCUAGCAAAAGGGUCAAUAAGAUUGAGUUGGCGGACGGGGGUAGAGGAGGGGAAGGGAAGGUGGGGACUGAGUUGUCUAAAGGAAGGAAUGGUGGAGUUGAGGUGGUGAAGGGAGAGGAGGGGCCGAGGUUUAGGGAUUUGGGGGGGAUGGAAAUGGUGCUCAAGGAGUUGAAGAUGGAGGUGAUCGUGCCAUUGUACCAUCCCCAGUUGCCGCGGUGGCUGGGGGUACGGCCGAUGGCUGGGAUUUUGUUGCAUGGUCCGCCUGGUUGCGGGAAGACCAAGCUCGCUCAUGCCAUCGCCAAUGAGACUGGGGUUCCGUUUUACAAGAUUUCAGCUACGGAGGUCGUCUCGGGUGUCUCUGGUGCAUCAGAAGAAAAUAUUCGGGAUCUCUUUUCUAAAGCCUACAAGACUGCACCUUCAAUUGUAUUUAUUGAUGAAAUUGAUGCAAUUGCCUCUAAAAGGGAAAAUCUACAACGAGAGAUGGAGCGAAGAAUUGUGACACAGUUGAUGACUAGCAUGGAUGAAUCUCAUAGACUUGGACAUCCAGCAGAUGCUAAUUCAAAAUCAGAAAAAUCUGAACAGAAACCUGGCUAUGUUCUUGUGAUUGGAGCAACCAAUAGGCCUGAUGCUGUUGAUCCUGCUUUGAGGAGGCCUGGACGAUUUGAUCGUGAGAUUGCUCUAGGUGUUCCAGAUGAAAAUGCUAGGGCUGAAAUUCUUUCUGUGCUUAUACGCAAUCUUAGACUGGAAGGUUCCUUUGAUAUUCUAAAAAUAGCCAGGUUUACACCUGGUUUUGUUGGGGCUGAUUUGACAGCCCUAGCUAACAAGGCGGGUAACCUUGCCAUGAAAAGAAUUCUCGAUGAAAGAAAGUCUCAUCUUUCAGCAGAGUCUAUAAAUGAAGAAUAUAAUGAAGACUGGUGGAGGCAACCGUGGUUGCCUGAAGAAAUGGAAAAGCUUACCAUCACAAUGGCUGAUUUUGAGGAUGCAAUUGGAAUGGUCCAACCCUCGUCAAGAAGAGAAGGAUUCUCUGCCAUUCCAAAUGUAAAGUGGGAUGAUGUUGGUGGGCUUGAUUCCUUAAGAAAGGAGUUCGAUCGGUGUAUAGUUCGGCGUAUAAGAUUUCCAGAGGAUUAUGAGAGAUUUGGGUUGGACUUAGAGACAGGGCUUUUGCUAUACGGGCCUCCAGGUUGUGGCAAAACACUGAUUGCCAAGGCUGUGGCUAAUGAGGCAGGAGCCAAUUUCAUUCACAUAAAGGGCCCUGAACUUUUGAAUAAAUAUGUUGGAGAAAGUGAACUGGCAGUUCGGACAUUAUUCAGCCGUGCAAGGACGUGUUCACCAUGCAUACUUUUCUUUGAUGAGGUGGAUGCUUUGACAACAAUGCGUGGUAAAGAAGGGGGAUGGGUUGUCGAGAGAUUACUGAACCAGUUACUUAUAGAGUUAGAUGGUGCAGAGCAGCGGAGGGGUGUUUUUGUCAUCGGUGCAACAAAUAGACCAGAGGUAAUGGACCCUGCUGUCUUACGGCCUGGUAGAUUCGGUAAACUUCUUUACGUUCCUUUGCCCAGUUCGGAUGAGCGUGGGCUGAUAUUGAAAGCGCUUGGGAGGAAGAAGCCUAUUGAUGCUAGUGUGGAUUUGAGUGCUAUUGGGCGAAUGGAAGCUUGUGAGAAUUUGAGUGGAGCCGAUCUUGUUGCACUGAUGAAUGAAGCUGCAAUGAUUGCUCUUGAAGACAAACCAACAUCAACUGAGAGCACUUUUUAUGCAGCUCCAUGGACCAUCAAGACGACACAUUUUGAGCAAGCUCUGACUAAAAUCUCUCCUUCCGUGUCAGAUGAGCAAAAACAAUACUACCAGAUUUUAUCCAAGAGCUUAAAGGCAGCAUGAGAAGAAUCACUAUUCGGUUUUUUACAGCGACAUAGUCGAGGAUGAGACAAUCCACUUACACCAUUUAAUGAUAGGAAAAAUUGUAUACAAAAGAAGCAAAGUUUUGAUGUCAAAAGUGAAUAUUUUCUUCCAAUAGGUUUUAGUUUUAGUUUUAUGGUAGCAUCCAAGAAAGUCUCCACAUCUCCCAGCUCUCCACAAUGGGGGGACCUUUUUUUUUUUUUU